UUGAGUUUUCUUCCCUCCUACCUGCUCUCCACAUCUGAUCUACCUCAAGCUUUGUCAGUUCUGCGACUGGAAGCCCUUCCUCUCCACCUGCCUUCCGCCGUCUUUGCUGAAACAGACAGGGCGUGCUGUCAGAGCACUGCAGUCCUUCCUCACCAGCCUCCCAUCUCAGACUCGCCUUCCCCCUCCUGUGCUGCCCCAGCUGCUUCCCCAGGGAUUUUCUUCCACGUGUUUCCUAACCCCUCCUGAAUAAAAUCCUCAAGGGCUUCUUAAAUGCUUCCAUUUUUGUAUGUGAGUAGAAAUACGUAAUUUUGAACGCCUACCCUUUUCUGCAUAAAGAUGGUUAGUGAAGCUAUGAUGUGGAGGCUUUCACCUCUGCAGUCUGAGUGAAAAGAGGCUCAAGUUUAUGAACCCUGGGACCCUAGCACCUAGCAGGAGAUGAUAGUAGAAGAGCUGCCUGUGAAGGACGUGGAGAAGGAAAACCAGAAGGGUGCCACAGCCCAGAAGACAGCCAAGCCCUUGAUGAUAGUCUGCCAACAAAAAUCCUUGGAGGAGUGCCUGAAACCACCAGCGCCUUGAAACCCUCAUGAGAAACUGUUUGUUCAGUGAAUGUGUACUAGAGGCCUGUUAUGUGCCUCGUACCACCCUGGGCACUAUGAGUGCAUUGUGAGCAAAGUAGAGUCCUGCCUGCAGAAUACAUUCUGGUGGAGGGGACAAGAGACAAAAAUGUGUAUUAAAAGAAAACUUACGAAUGUGUCUCAUGAUGAUAAGUGGUAUAAAGACAAAAGACAGCGUGCAAAAAGGAAUAUCCUAUAAGCAGUUUUGCAAUGCCAAGGGACUAUCGCUGUGUGAAACUGAGAAGCGAUUGCUCAAGACCCUCCUUGCAAUGGUACACUCGAGCUCAAAACAAGAUGAGAAGACCCAGCCUGUUGUUAAAAGAUAUCUUCAAGUGUAUGUUGCUUGUGUUUGGAGUAUGGAUCCUUUAUAUCCUCAAGUUAAACUAUACUACUGAAGAAUGUGAUAUGAAAAAAGUGCAUUAUGUGGACCCUGACCGCGUAAAGAGAGCUCAGAAAUAUGCUCAGGAAGUCUUGCGAAAGGAAUGCCGACCCAAGUUCGCCCAGAAGUCAAUGGCACAGUUGUUUGAGCACAGGUACAGCAUGGACUUACUGCCUUUCGUGCAGAAAACUCCUAAAGUGAAUGAGGCCGAGUACAAGUACGAUCCUCCUUUUGGAUUCCGGAAGUUCUCCAGUAAAGUCCAGACCCUCUUGGAACUGUUGCCUGAGCACGACUUCCCUGAACAUUUGAAAGCAAAGAGCUGUAGGCGUUGUGUGGUUAUCGGAAGUGGCGGAAUACUCCAUGGACUAGCCCUGGGCCAUGCUUUGAACCAGUUCGAUGUUGUGAUAAGAUUAAACAGUGCACCAGUUGAGGGAUAUUCAGAGCAUGUUGGAAAUAAAACUACUAUAAGGAUGACUUAUCCAGAGGGUGCCCCACUGUCUGACCUCGAAUAUUAUUCUAAUGACUUGUUUGUUGCUGUGUUAUUUAAGAGUGUCGACUUCAACUGGCUUCAAGCAAUGGUUAAAAACGAAACCCUGCCAUUUUGGGUGCGACUCUUCUUUUGGAAGCAGGUGGCAGAGAAAAUCCCAUUACAGCCAAAACAUUUCAGGAUUUUGAAUCCAGUCAUUAUCAAAGAGACUGCCUUUGACAUCCUGCAAUAUUCAGAGCCUCAGUCAAGGUUCUGGGGCCGAGAUAAGAACAUCCCCACAAUUGGUGUCAUUGCGGUUGUCUUAGCCACACAUCUAUGUGAUGAAGUCAGUUUGGCAGGCUUUGGAUAUGACCUCAAUCAACCCAAAACCCCUUUGCAUUACUUUGACAAUCUCUGCAUGGCUGCCAUGAACUUUCAGACCAUGCAUAAUGUGACGACCGAGACCAGGUUGCUCCUAAAGCUGGUCAAAGAGGGCGUGGUGAAGGACCUCAGCGGAGGCAUCCAUUGUGAGUUUUGAACACAGAACACCUCACUUGAAAAUGCAACUCUGACUCUGAGGGCUGUUUUUCAUGGCCUUCUUGAUGCAUUUCAUCCUUCAAAUACUUUGAAGUGCAGCUAGUGUUUUUAAGUUUUAAUUUAAAACAACAACAACAAAAAUAAUAGUUUAGUUCUUCCCACUUUUUUCUCCCUAUUUAUUUGAGGUCUGUGUUUUUGCACAAAAUUUUGUAAAUUAAUUGGAAAGACUUUUCAAAGAGAAUUGUAUGUCAUGAUGUUUUAUUGUAUUUUAAGAAAGUUAUUUAAUUUGUAAAAACUCUGCCCAUGUCUAGUACACAUAGAACUUCAGGUAAUUACGUGGAAGGAGAAAGGAGGUCAGAAUGCUCGAUCUUGGUUCUGGUCCUCUCUGUGGUGGGACAGAUGUUGGAGGCACUUCCAGGAUGACGUGCACAGCAGCUAAACAGCGGGUACUGGUUCAGCCAAGCUGCAGUGUGAGGCCUGAGCCGGUUGGAGAAGUUCACGGUCUCUCUCUGUUGGUCUGCCUGCUGCCCGAAUUCUUGCAGGAAUCAAGCAGGGGAACUGUCCUGGAGGUACCCGGUCUGGGUGAGACACCGAAGACAUUUCCCCUGCCCUGUCAGUACUGCGAAUUUGCCCUGGGCUGCAGAAGCCACCGUCUUCCCUGCAGUUACAACUCUUGAAUUUCUUGACAGUUUUUUACUACCCUUCCAAAGCACUUAAAUGUUAAUCUAAGGUGUUCUACUGUCUGUCUGAAGUGACUUAUAAAAAUUAGGACAAAGCCUCUGUUAUGCAGAGUUGUGAAAGUAUAAACUCUUUCCAGGAAUCACCACAUUUUUUCAAACACUGAAAUGAAAUCUUCCCAGCGUUAUAAAUUACGUAUUUAAAAAAAAUUGUUUUUUGAAUUGCUGCCUGGCAGUGUGUCCCAGGCAGUGUGCUGGUCCAAGAAAAAAAAAAUCAACAGAAUAAAAGUUUUUUGAGGAGCUCUCA